AGUUAAGCACAUGUUUAAUAUUUCAUGCCAUGCGGUCGACUUUAUCAGCUCACUGUAAACUGAUAAUCCUUCUCAGAGAUUAACCGGGGCAAUGUCACGUGACGAGUAUACCUCCCUGUCGAUUAGAACCGAGGAUUACUGCAAUAGGCAUAACCUUCGCGAGGGUCACAAAGCGGAUUUAAACCCAGCCUUGGAUACAGGUAGAGGCCGGAGUGUCAGACAUACAGACAUACGGACAGACAGAGCCACAGUGGACGGACUGAGACGGUUGGCGAAGAUGGAGACGAUAGUGCAGAACGCGGACCCCACGCAGAAAGAGAAGAUUGUUGAGUCAGUUCGGCCUGUUAUACAUGACUUCAACCACCAAGACAGUAUGUUUGCUAACUCCUUUCCGGCGAAAUCCCACUUCAUUGUACACCCCGAAUGGAUCUCGGAGGGUGUGAAUCCUCCAGCCUCCAAGCCUCUGGAUCGAUCACCAUGGUCAUGGGAACAGCCUCGGUAUAGGCAGAAUGUACAGUACCCCACGACGUAUGAAACCCCUGUCUAUAACGAGGGGUCUAAGGCCCAGAACCACCCCGGGGUCACUGACGGCUACGGGGUGGGGUUCAUGGGGGUGGAGGCGCUACCAUCAUAUCCUCAGUUGACCGAACUGCAAAACGUCAAGCCCGAGUGUUUCAGAGCAAGCGGGGAAGAGACGACCGCCUUGACGCCGUACCAGCAUCAGACCACGAUGGAGGAGAGGGAGCGGUUGCAAUGGCAUCUGCAUUACUGAGACGACAUUACUCUUAGAUCACAAAAUUUAUUGUGGACGCCAUCACACGUAAUUGCUUUUUGUGUAUUUAACCACCACUCUAGUGGUUUGACAGUUUGAUAAAAUAUAACUUGUGACUGGAAAAGUUUGUGUAAAAAUAAAUUGGUUCCAUGAAGAGUGGCGCAAGAAGUGAAUUUACAACCAUAUGCCCCCUCAUGUUUGAAAUGUAAAGUUAUAAGGAUUUAUUGCUUUUUAAGAUAAGACGCCAAAAAUACCAAUCAUAAGUUCUGCAUUAUGAGAUUUUAUUUUUACCUUUAUAGAAUCUUUAAUCACAAUAUAUUUAUAAACAUGAAAACAAGUAGAAGUAUUUCUGUAUUCUUUGGUAGUUUUUGUUUUUGUUCAACGUAAGAUAUUUUCAAUUGAAAGUUUAACAUAUUAUAUAAUCAACUGACAUAUAUAUUUUCUUUUGUCCCCUUGUGUAAAAUACAUAGGAUAUUUGAGAACGUACAUUAACAUUCAGUCUCUAAAAUGAACAUAUUUUACAGAAAAAAAAGUUUCUAAGUCAUCUUCAUAAAAAAAAAAUAUUAAAAAGGAGCCCAGGGACUUUCUUCCUUUUCAGAAACUGCGGUAAUCCACAUAUUCUUGCAUGGGCUGUAUUGGGUAUAUUUGUUUAAGGGUCUGUAUAUCAGACUACCGAGAACGCUGAGGUCAUAGUUGUUGUAUAUGUCCCAUAUUUGAAGCACACACUAAAACAUGUUUUUGUAGAGCAUGCGAAGAACACACGAACCAUUUAUCGAGGCCUCUUAAAUACGAUUUGUGCAUCUAUGUUCCUGUCAGGUGGGCAACGGUGUCUAAUUUAGGGCAGAUUACCUGUAGACGAGUCUCGGCCCUGCGAUGUGUUCUUAUUUGCCAGUGAACUUCCCACCUGUGUGCUGACUAAUGUUUUAUUGUGUUGUGAUGGGGUUUUUUCAUUGUCGAAGAGAUACAGCAAGGUGCCGACUUGUGACAGACACAUUUGUUUUUAUUUAUGAUCGAUCAAACCAUUCUCCUGGGAGAUCUAGAAGGAUGAGCGACAAUAAACAUGAAGAAAUGCUGAGAAAGUUCUGAGAAGGAACAUUAAACGAGUAGAAUGAAACUUAGUUCAUUCGGACCUCAUUAUACCGGACACCCUGCCUCAACGAUGUUACUGUUGUGUUCGUGUACAUAUUAACGAAGAGUCAAAACUCCAUAGCUUCUGUACAUGAUAGUAAAGGGACAUAACUCCAUAGGGUCUAAAUAUUAAUAAAGGUACCAGUCCUGUCGCAAUGUGGAUUGAACCCAGGACCUUCCGCUCUCCCGGCAAACCCUUUAGCCACUGGUGGCGGGUCACGGCUUUGUUUUCCUGAUUCCUUCACUAUAGUACCGUGUGGAAUGACCAACUCUCUUUCUGUACAGUACUGUACUGGAUCUAGUUGUAGGCGCAUCGAUUAUAAAAAAAAUGACGUCGAGUGCCCUGUUGCUCAUAUACGAUCUCCAUAUUAGUAUUUAUUACCUUGCAGUAUUGGAUAUAUACCAUUAAAUAAAAUACUCUCAGCUGUU